AUGUGCACUAUGAUCCAAGCAGGGAAAGUUACUAGAAGGAAGGGAGGUAAUUCACGGAAAUAUAACCCUCUUACGGCAGAGUUUCCCAUUGCAAGAUUGGAUGGUCCCAUUAGUGCAGAACUCAUUGAAAUGUGGGAAGCAAAAUGUUCCAUCUCUCAAAGACAAGAACCACAAGUCCUUUCGCUGUACGAGAAGCUUCGGGAAUCACUUGUUCAAGGUGGGAAGCAAGGGUUCAAUGCUUUCUCAAGUUCAGCUGAGAACAUGGAUAAUGGCAUUGACAGUGAGGAUGCAGGAGGCGAUCUUCCAGAUUCUGACAUUCCAGAUAACAAUGAAGAUGCACCUGAACAUGACGAGGAUGAAAGCAAUACUCACCUAAACGAUGGUUACACUUAUGAAGAUCCCAAUUCUAAUAAAAGCCUUGAAGAUCUUUGUCGCUCCCACUUGGAUUCCCUGCUUGCCAACCUUGCAGAAACUGAGAAGCAGACCGAAAUGGCUGCCCGAGUUUCGACAUGGAAACAAAGAAUUGAGGAGAACUUGGAAGAGCAGGACUCACGACCGCCUUUUGAUAUCCACGAGUAUGGUGAACGGGUGUUGGAAAAGCUCCAUACGGAAAGACACAAUGGGAGUUCCAUGGCUUUUAAUGAUGUUGUCAAAGGCCAAGAAAAGCAUGAUGUCGCGCGGACAUUUUCUGCUCUUCUGCAAUUGGUAAACAAUGGAGAUGUUGAGCUGGAAAAGAGUGGCAGUCGCGGGGAACAUAUAUGUUACACUUCUGAGAAUACCUUUUAUGUGAAUCUCCUUCGGAACAAGCAGCAAAGUGAUGGCCUCAUGCCACGAAUAACGAAGAAGAGAGCUAACUCACAGAAAGGACGCGCAAAAGAUUACAAUAAGCAGCCUGCUGGUAAAGAAAACAUUCCAGUGACCAUAGUAUCACCUUCAAUAUCCACUUCAAGUUGUAGGUUCUCUAUAAAAAUUGGUAAGCCUGGUGUUACUAGUAGAUGCACUCCUGAAGGUAAAAAGAGGCGAAAAUCACGGUUUAUUCUUCGGGACGAGCCAGUAUAG